CAAAUAUAUAUAUAUAUAUAUAUAUAUAUAUAUGCAUAUAUAUAAAGGCUUUCUGAAGCAACAGAAGAAACAUCACUUUUGUGGUUUUAACGAGCAAUUGCUUGCUCGCACAUACGAACGGUCAAAACCACAUUUGGCCACAAUAAACAUGGCUGCGGUCAAUUGGUUUUCUUUGGUACUGGCAUUCGCUUUCUUAAAUGUCACGCACAGCAUACGUGUCGAUGUCAAUGAGGAGGCUGAAAAUAUAACUGAAACCACCAUAACCACAACAACCGCAACAGCGGUAGACCUCAUAGACGAGAGCAAUGUCACUUUGCUGGCGGAUGAUUCAGAGUUAAGUGCUUCAGAGCGUACAAGACGUUUAAUACCGUAUAUGGCCUUCUAUUUGCCGGUUUCAGAGUUGACCAUUAAUAAACAAUAUGCCUCCCUACCGUCACAAGCGUCGAAGCAUUCUUUACGAACAAACAGUGGUAAUGCUGGCAUACUUAAUACAAGUCCAACGGCAAGUCAUGUGCCAAUACCAACAGCAUAUGUGCACAUGAAAAUGAAUGCAAUGAGUGCACCUUCAGCUACAAGCGAUGGCUUGGAACAUUAUUUGCCGCCCUCUGCUUCUGCAAAUUAUCAGAUAAAUGCAGGCACUGGUUAUUACGAUAGCAAUAUUGGUGGACAUUCCCUGACUGCAGUUAAACAACUUGGCGAUACCGAUAAUAACAAAUAUUCGAGAGUAGUUGAUUUGGUGCCCCUACGGCCACCGGAGCUCACUGUCGGCGUCACACAUUCGCCAUUAGUAAGAGACAAUGAUGAAGGCAAAGUAUAUGCAACGCACAGACCAGUUAAUCCUCACAAACAAAAGACAGUGCAAUAUUUUCCACCUUUAUCAUCGCAAACCUCAUCAAAAUCAUCUUUAACUGCGUUCGAGUCUUUAGCCACUCCGCCAAAGGAAAUAAUAAGGUCUCGCCAACAACAAAAUCAAGCUGCUUAUCGUAUACGCAGCAAACAAUCAAAAAACAAUUUAACACCAUUUACAGCGUCUAAUACAGUGCCGGGCGACUUCGUACCAAUUGUUUAUACGUCAGCGAAUAGCAAUAGCAACAACAACUUAAACAAUAUAAUAACCAAUACAGCUGAGGCCGAUGACACUGCUCAUAUUGUAUUGUACGACGAUGAAAACGAUGAAAUAAACAAACACUAUCAACAGCAAACGCAGCAAACCCAACCGCGGCAACAAAUUGCUGUAGAAUACUCUGCUUCAUUGCCGCCAAUAGAUGUUCAAUCAUUGCAUAAUCAAAAUUAUCAUCACCGCUAUCGACAACAACAACAACAACAACAGCAACAACAUCGGCAUAAUUCCAAACUCCAACAACAACAGCAACAGCAACAACAACAAUCAAAGCAACAAGGGUAUUUUAGUAUUACAACUUCCACGGUGGCAGGAGAAUUGGCACCAGAAAAUACCGUAACCAUAAGUCCACCCAUUCGUCAUCAUAUUGGGGGACAUAAUGAUGCUGUCGUUAUACACCAACAACAAGGAUUAAAAUCGACACAAUUUCAACCUCCGAAAGCAGAAAACUUUUUCAUAACAAACAUACAACAAGAACAUCAUAAUCCCCUAAAGGUAAAGCCACCGCCGCCGCCGCCUCCGCCGCCGCAGCAACGCAUACGUUACAAAUAUCACCCGCAACUGCGGCAACAACAACUUGUCAGUCAACAAAAAUAUCGUGUGCCCAGCAAGGAACGUGACCAAACAUCACAUAAGCAUUCAAUGACAGAGCCUCAGGUUCUCAUACUUAGCAGUACAUCGCCACCUGUAGAAAGCGUUUCUGUCUCCACGCAAUAUCCACAAAAUACUUUCAUUCGUCACGCUUCAUACAAUCAUCCAGAUCUAUCCAUGCCACCCAAUCAUCAUUUAGACACGAAUGGCAACAGUGCUUUACCAACCUACCAUCAGGUUCUUACAAUACCGGUACGAAAUUUAUUCCGUGAAUUUGAUGGGCAAACAAUUUCGCAACCUGGUGGUCAGAGUUAUCACAAACAACAACACCAACAAUCAACACAUCGUUUAUUGGCACCAUCGUCACCGCCAUCACUAUCAUCAUCAGCAUCAUUACACGCAUCACAUUAUCCCACGGCUAUUGGACCCUCCACUCCUCAAUACAUUGACUAUUUAAUUGAUGAACCCAAGCAAUCUUUGGAUGAAGAACAACAUGCAUACUUUGUUGUGACAACACCUUCUGCGCCAAAUAGUCAUCGCGACGAAUCCAUUAGAACAAAGGAAAAUUAUGAUCCCACUCUGCGUACAAUUUACAAAACAAAACCCGGCUUGCAUCUGCAACAAACAAUUCAGCCAAAAAAGAAUGUCAAUCAUCCGUUAAUUAGGUAUAAAAAUCCAAUUGCUCGACCAAUGCCGGCAACACCCACACCGAGCAGCACUGUCUCAUUGAAACCAACCGCAAAAUUUGUUUAUGUUAAAGAGGAAUUUGGUCAAAAAUUAGUGCCGUCACAGGGUUUAUUUAAAACGAAGCAAACGGCAGCCAGCGUACACUACAAUAACAAUGCAAACAAUGCAAAAAUACCGGAGGAGCAAUUGCAAAAACAGGAUUUAACGACUCAGCCGCUAACGCCCCAAAGGAAUGAAGUAAAACAGCAUCAUCAGUCAUCUUCAACAUUGGCAGAUCCAAAUGAACUGCCAGAUAUACGCACAUCAUCGCUGGCCGAAAUUCUCCACAAACUGCAGGAGAGCAAUCAUUUGCCGCAUACUUUGACACCGGAUAACAUUGACAAUUCGAUUAAAACACUUAUACAUAUACUCAACAAUUUGAAGCAGACCCAAACAAUUGUGGCCAAUCCACCCCAGCACCAUGAGUUGCCGUCGCACUCACCCGACUAUGAUUACAGCGCAGAUAGUAGAGAACAGCAGCAGCAGCAGCAGCAACAACAACAACAACAACAGGACCACCAUAAUAUACAUGAUUUAAACUUAUUGCCUAUACAUCAUAUGGGAACGCAUAGACAACCAGGUCCUAGUACAGGACGACCAGGCAUUGAUUAUCCCAAUUAUGCUGACAUACCAGAGACAUCUUUCGAUUGUUCGCAACAACGUUAUAAAGGUUUCUUCGGUGAUCCGGAAACUCAUUGCCAAGUAUGGCAUUACUGCGAUUUAAAUGGAGGCAAAGCAUCAUUCCUUUGUCCAAAUGGUACCAUUUUUAGUCAGAUAGCAUUAACCUGUGACUGGUGGUUUAAUGUUAAAUGCGCUACAACCGCACAGUUAUACGUUUUGAAUGAGCGGUUAUACAAGUACAUAUUGCCAUUUACGCCUAAAUUUCCCGAAGACUACAGUGGUCCUUUGGUGGAUAAAUACUUAGCUUUGAAAUUUCAAGAGAUGGAAGAGAAAAUGCGUUUAGAAAAGGAGAAAGCUGAUGAAGAAACAAAAGAAACCAAUACAUCGAAUGAUGGUAACGAUAACGACAAUAAUGAUAAUGAUGAUAAUGAUAUCGAUAAUAUUAACACUGAAAGCGAAGAUACAGGCACUGAAGAACCGAUUACGGAGGAUAAUAAAACCGUGCAAAAGCAUGAUACCAUUAAUUCUGUCGUCAGUGAACAAAGUUCUGAAAGAAAUUUACUUAUAGACGAUGAAGUUAAUGACAUUUCUCAACGGGACAAAUCUAUGAAUGCUUUUGAAAGCACUACAAUAUCCACGAUAACAGUAACGCCAAAAUCUAACGAAGAGCUAUCGCUAAGUCUUAGACCGAUAGUAGUAUCCUCUACGGCCGAGCCAGACUAUGAUGACAAUGACGACGCUAACAAUGAGCAAGAUAAACUUGCUGAUACUUCUACGGAUAGAAUAGAAAUACGAAAGGCUGAAAAGAAUAACAAUGAAACGGUCACCGAUGUUCCUCAAACGAAGUCAGAAGAUAAUUUGAACGUAACCGUUGAAAAAGUAGAAAUUAUGGAAAUUAAAUCAGACGGUACAUCAGGUCAUAUAAUACCAGACACGAUAAUGAAGAAAAACCGAAAUAAGUAAACGUAUUAUUAUUAACUAAUAGGGAUGGUAUAUUUUUGAUCUGGGGGGAGCAAACAUUAGAUAGAAAAAAUUUAUUUUAAAUUAAAAAUAAAAGGACCAUAUUCGGCCUAUGUCGAAUGAUUUCAAACUCACCAUUCGCUUGAAAAAAAAAUUAAUGAAGGGAUUGCACAAUGGGGCGCGUUAGUACAUUUUAUAGGGUAAUAUAUAUCUGAACAUAAAUUGCAGAGCAAAACGACACAAAGUUUAACGUAAGACAUUCGAAGAGUAGUUUUUUCAUUUAAUAGGGAAGACAUUGCCUAAACAGCAUUAAUAAAUGAAUUUCUAAUUUUUCGAAGCUUUUCGAACGCUGAACCUGUUGCUCAUAAAAAAAUUUAAGGCGUUCAUGUUCUAGACUGCUUAUUGAUUGCAUAGACAUGAUAUCAUUUCAUCGGAUAGAGAAAGAGAUCUAUAGGGCUAAGUUAACACUACAUACAAAUCUAAAAUUCUGAAUUAGACUCGAAACACGAUCAUGCAGAUAGAUUAGCUAAGCUACAGCACUAUAAAUGAUGCUGAAAAGGGACAUUUCUAGUUUACAAGAAUGCAUUUCUAUGCUUUGUAAACGCACUACGCAUGGCUUGUGGUGGGUUUAAAAAAAAAAAAAAAAAAAAUUAUUUUUUAAAUAAGCUUAGAUCUAAAUAUGCCUUAUUCGAAUAUUGCAAAAACUUUCAAGAUAUAUUCAUUUUACGUAACGUCUUUAAACCAGUUUUAAUCGCUAGUAACUGGUGCUUAAAAGACACAAAAAUAUAUAUUAUAUUUAAAUGUCUCAUUUUAGUGAAACUUGCCAUACUUAAGUUCACAAAAAUAUUAAAUUAACUUAAAUUCAUAUUACUUUCUUCUUUUGUAAAUAUAUUUCUAUGU